CUCUUCUCUUUGCCCCCACCCCCCAGCCCUCAUGUCUAUUGGGUGCAGUAGCUUGCGGCGUCUCCACUUUCAUACGCAUAUGUUCUCCUCUGUUCUUCCCCAAUUCGAUCGUUUCAUUUGCACCAACACCGCUAUCCCCUCGCCUUCAAACUCAGAAACAAACCCCACUCCGCCCCUCUGUCUACUUGCUCACCAAAUUCCCAAAUCCACUGUUUCAGACCUCAUAGCAAAGCAGCACUGGUCCAAACUCAGAAACUUGAUUAAACCCACCGACCCGACAGACUUCCUCGAACAGCUACUCGAAUCCGGGUUUAAUUCGGACGCCAUUCUCGCCUUUUUCAAAUGGUCCCAGACAGCGUAUCACGUUUCUUACCCUCCUCAAUAUUUCUGCAGAUUAUUAGUUUUGCUUGCACAGGAAAAGGGAUAUCCCAAGAUUCGAUCUUUGCUGCACUCAUCUGUUAAAGAUGGAAAAAUCCAGUCAAUUUCAUUCUUUUUUCAUGCAUUGUUGACUUGUAGUAAUAGCCACUAUGCUAACUCCAUCAUUGUUGAUAUGCUGAUAUUGGCUUUUGUUAAUAAUUUGAAACUCGAUUUUGCUCUGGACGCGUUUAAGCGGGCUGGUGAUUAUGGGUUUAGGUUGUCUGUGAAUUCGUGUAAUCCGCUUUUGGUUUUGUUGUUAAAGGAGAAUAAAACUGGGGAAAUGGAGUUUAUGUACAAGGAGAUGAUUAGGAGGAGGAUUGGGCUUAAUCUGUUCACAUUUAAUGAGGUGGUAAAUGGGUUGUGUAAGGCAGGGAAGUUGAAUAAGGCUAAGGAUGUUUUGGAAGACAUGAAGGUUAGGGGAGUGAUGCCGAAUGUGGUUACUUAUAAUACAUUAAUACAUGGGUAUUGUAAGAGGGGAGGAGCUGCGAAGAUGUACAAAGCGGAUGCAGUUCUAAAGGAAAUGGUGGAGAAGGGGAUACACCCAAGUGAGAUAACGUAUAACACUCUUAUUGAUGGAUUCUGUAAGGAUAAUAACAUUAAGGCGGCCUUAAAGAUUUUUCGUGAGAUGCAAGGGCAUGGGACGAGGCCAGACAUCGUGACAUACAACUCAUUGAUUAAUGGGCUUUGUGGGGAUGGAAGAGUUAGUGAGGCUCUUGGUUUACAGGCAGAAAUGGUGAGGUUGGGGUUGCAGGCUAAUGUUGUUACUUAUAAUGCCCUUAUAAAUGGAUUUUCCAAAAACAAGCUAUUGAUGGAGGCUAGGGAGUUGUUUGAUGAUAUAAUAAAGCGGGGAUUAGUUGUAAAUGUACUCACUUUUAACUCUCUGAUUGAUGCAUAUUGUAAGGCAGGGAAAAUGGAAGAAGCAAUAUCACUUCUUGGCUUAAUGCUAAGCAAAAUGAUUCAACCUAAUGUUUCCACCUAUAAUUGCUUAAUAGGUGGCUAUUAUCGGGAGGGGAAUGUUAAAACAGCUAGAAAGUUGCUGGAUGAGAUGGUGGAGAAAGGAUUGGAAGCUGAUCUUGUAACCUAUAAUAUACUGAUUGAUGCAAUGUGCAAGAGGGGUGAAUCAAGAAAAGCCGUUCGCUUUCUUGAUGAGAUCUCUGAGAAGGGCUUGAUUCCAAGUCAUGUAACAUACAAUAAAUUGAUGGCUGGUUAUUGCCAAGAAGGAAAUCCCAGGGCAGCUGCUACUGUUAGGCGAAGAAUGGAAAGAGAAGGAAAGCAGCCAAAUGUUGCAACGUUCAAUGUACUAAUUAAGGGAUUUUGCUCUAAAGGUAAGCUGGAAGAAGCAAAUGCGCUUUUGAAUGAGAUGCUAGAGAAAGGGUUGGCACCUAAUCGAACAACCUAUGACAUAAUCAAUGAAGAGAUGAUUGAGAAAGGGUUUGUACCCGAUAUAGAUGUACAUCUGUAAAGUAUUGAUGGAGCCUCUUAGAGCUGAUGAAUAUGAAGUUCACAGCCAAUUGGAUUCUUUUCUGGCCAAUGUGUUGAAUUUCCUGCUGUGAUAUUUCAGCAGAGUUGAGCAAAACGAUGGUCUACCCUCUGCGUCUUGUUUCCCAAUCGAUGCCACUCAGACUGAAUCUCUCGCCUCAAGUAACCUGAAGAACACCAAAAACCCAAAGGUAAGCAAAGUAAACAACCACUAAGGCGAGGCUGGGAGGGGGGGAGAGUCAACGUCUCAAGCUCUCAGCUACGUAUUAGUAGGGGUUUUUUUCAAGGCGAGGUCACCGAUGCAAGCUCAUUAGGCGACCGAUCUCCGCUGACCGGACGCCUAGGCAACGCCCUUAACAAAAAUGGUUAGUUUGAUGAUUAGCCUGCUGCUUGAUCUUAGAAACAGCUACAGUGGAACCCAAAACAUAAUAGCUAAUACUCUUAAGCAAGCACCUGUCAAGUAUGACAAAUGUCGGUAGAAUUUAGAGAAAUAGUCCAGGCAUUCCACCUCUCAACCCAAGACCAAGAGUCUACAAGUCUAGAACGGAGUAAUAGAUUAUCCAUUAACCUUACUUGUCUUCAGAACAUAACUUAGAUGCUCCAGUCAUAGUACUGAGUGAUGAAUAUCCACCAUAGCUCGACUUGUCUUGAGGACAUAGCUGUUUUAGAUUCUACAGUCACUAACAACUCAAGAUGUAGGGUGGCUUUUCAUGUGAGAAUAGGCUAGGAGUUCUCAUUUUCCAUUAAAUUUUGUUGAACAUCGAGAAGCUGAAGAAAACGGUGACAUAAAAAUUUCUUCUCUGUUAGGUAUGUAUCUUUGACUACAAGUUUAGUGAACCAUAGUUGUUAAAUUGCUUCAACUGCCCUUUAUUACUUGCAUGUCAGACAUUGAUGUUUCUGUAUUAACUGCUGGACAUAACAGUUUACAGGUAGAUGGUGAUAAAUUGACACAAAUUGAGUAUUGCUUCUCCUCCCAAAAGGUUGAAUCCCCAACUCCAAGGGCCCAGUCCCCACACCCCGGCCUGACAGAGCAUUUGAGAGGAUGUAAAUCACGGUGACUCAAUGGCUUAGCAGACAGGGCCAAUGAACUUAAAUUCCCUGCCAAUGAACUCAUUGCUGUUGCAUUGAUGUUCGGUGCCCACCACUGACUCUAUCCUCUCAAUGGCUCUCGAAAUGGUUCUUUUGAGCCGAUUUAGCUUAUACGCAAAGCCAGAAUGUGCAUUCUUUUAUGCUACAUGCGACCGUGCCCCUAGCAAUGGGAAGUUUUUCUUCAUGGCCGAUCUGGAAAGGGCGGCGUCAGCAUGCUUUUAAUAGAAUUAUGCAUUUUGCUUUCCUUGAGUUGUAAAUCAAAGAAAAUAUGUAUACCUCCCAAUUCCAUAACCUUGUUAUAUGGAAGAGGAAACCUUUUUACAGGUCUCCCUAUUUAGGGAGAGCACAGUGCCCUCAUAUUCUUGUUAAAUUUGAGACUAGAAUGUAAUCUUUGAUUUGAAUCUCACUAAAAGAUUUCAAUCUUA